CAAUUAUUUGACGCAAUGGCUCGUACCAAACAAACUGCCCGUAAAUCCACUGGAGGAAAGGCUCCCAGGAAACAGUUGGCUACCAAAGCCGCUCGUAAGAGUGCCCCAGCCACUGGAGGGGUCAAGAAGCCCCAUCGCUACAGGCCAGGAACUGUUGCUCUUCGUGAGAUUCGUCGUUACCAGAAGAGCACAGAACUUCUCAUCCGUAAACUGCCGUUCCAACGACUUGUUCGUGAGAUCGCCCAGGACUUCAAGACCGACUUGAGGUUCCAGAGUUCUGCUGUGAUGGCUCUUCAGGAAGCCAGCGAGGCUUACCUCGUUGGUCUCUUCGAGGACACCAAUCUCUGCGCCAUCCACGCCAAGAGAGUAACCAUCAUGCCCAAGGACAUCCAGCUGGCUCGUCGUAUUCGUGGAGAGAGAGCUUAAGUUUUUAAUAACUUGAGAACAAUAUAAUCGGCCCUUUUCAGG